AUGAAUCUGGAGAAUCUGACUUCCCAGAGCUUUCUUUCAGCAACCCACAGCAAUACCAGCAAUCUCUUCCUGGGGCUCCAGCUGGUUCAGUUCUUCAAGCCGCUUAUCAUCCCUUGCUACUCCCUUGUGGUUUUCGUGGGCAUCAUUGGGAAUUACCUCCUCAUCUACGUUAUCUGCAAGACCAAAAAGAUGCACAAUGUUACCAACUUCCUGAUAGGCAACCUGGCCUUUUCGGACAUGCUCAUGUGUGCCACCUGCGUCCCCCUGACCCUGGCGUAUGCCUUUGAGCCCCGAGGCUGGGUCUACGGGCACUUCAUGUGCUACUUUGUGUUCCUGAUGCAGCCAGUCACGGUGUUUGUGUCUGUCUUCACCCUGACUGUCAUUGCCGUGGACAGAUACUACACCAUGGUGUAUCCCCUCCGCAGGAGACUCACGAUACCAAUCUGCACCUAUAUCCUGGCUGGCAUUUGGCUGCUGAGCUGCGUACUGGCUGCCCCAGCCCUGCUGCGCACGUACUAUGCCGAGUUUCCAGAGCUGGACUUCUCCAUCUGCGAAGAAUUUUGGUUUGACAGGAAGAGAGAUCGCUUAGCUUAUGCCUACAACACCCUCAUUUUCACCUAUGUCCUGCCCUUGGCAGUCAUCUCUGUCUCCUACCUGAGGAUAUCCAUCAAGCUGAAAAACAGAGUUGUCCCUGGCAACGUCACCCAGAACCAAGCGGAGUGCGACCGAGCCCGGAGGAGGAAGACCUUUCGCCUGCUGGUCCUGGUGGUGGUUGCUUUCGGGGUUUGCUGGCUGCCUUUGCACAUCUUUAAUGUGAUCAAGGACAUCGAUAUCAAGCUGAUAGACAAGCAGUAUUUCAAUCUCAUCCAGCUGCUUUGCCACUGGUUUGCUAUGAUGUCUGCCUGCACAAAUGCAUUCCUUUAUGCCUGGCUGCACGACAGCUUCAGGGGGGAGCUGAAGAAAAUGUUUGCCUGGCCGAGGAAAAAAAUAGGACCAGCCACCAAUUGCAUCGUGGCUAGCGUGGUGCUGUAA